AUGGAGGCGGCCGGCACCUGGGUGCUGCUGUUGGCGCUGCUGCUGCUGCUGCUGCUGACGCUGGCGCUGCCCUGGAACCGGGCCCGAGGCCACCUGCCCCCGGGGCCCGCGCCGCUGCCGCUGCUGGGGAACCUCCUGCAACUGCGUCCCGGGGCGCUGUACUCCGGCUUCCUGCAGCUGAGUGAAAAGUAUGGGCCAGUGUUCACUGUGCACCUGGGCCCCUGGCGGAGAGUGGUGGUCCUGGUUGGGCAUGAGGCUGUGCAGGAGGCCCUGGGAGGUCAAGCGGAGGAAUUCAGCGGGCGGGGAACCCUGGCGUCGCUGGACCAGGUUUUUGAUGGUCAUGGAGUUUUCUUUGCCAACGGGGAGCGAUGGAAGCAGCUCAGAAAGUUCACCAUGCUGGCCUUGCGGGACCUGGGCAUGGGGAAGCGAGAAGGCGAGGAGCUGAUCCAGGCGGAGGUCCAGUGUCUGGUGGAGGCUUUCCGGGAAACAGAAGGACGUCCAUUUGAUCCCUCCCUGCUGCUGGCCCAGGCCACUUCCAAUGUCAUCUGCUCCCUCACCUUUGGCCUCCGCUUCCCCUAUAAGGACAAGGAGUUUCAGGCUAUCAUACAGGCCGCUGGUGAUACUCUGCUGGGGAUCAGCUCCCCAUGGGGCCAGACCUAUGAGAUGUUCUCCUGGCUCCUGCGACCCCUGCCAGGUCCCCACACACAGCUCCUCCAUCACUUGGGCACCCUGGCCACCUUUGCAGCCCAGCAGGUGCAACGGCACCGGGGGAGCCUGGACAGCUCAGGACCUGCUCGUGAUGUUGUGGAUGCCUUCCUGCUCAAGAUGGCGCAGGAGGAACAAAAGCCAAACACGGAAUUCACUGAGAAGAAUUUGCUGAUGACGGUCACUUAUCUCUUGUUUGCUGGGACAAUGACGAUAGGUGCCACUGUCCGAUACGCCCUCCUGCUCCUGCUGAAACAUCCUCAGGUCCAAAAGCGUGUGCGGGAGGAACUGACACGGGAACUGGGAACUGGCCGGGCUCCAAGUCUGGGGGACCGCGCCCGCCUUCCUUACACAGAUGCAGUUCUGCACGAGGCACAGCGGCUGCUGGCGCUGGUACCCAUGGGGAUGCCCCACUCCCUCACGAGGACCACUUGCUUCCGAGGGUACAUCCUGCCCCAGGGCACUGAGAUCUUCCCUGUCCUUGGUUCCGUCCUGCAUGACCCCAAAGUCUUUGAGCGGCCGGAGGAGUUCAACCCAGACCGUUUUCUGGAUGAGAAUGGACAGUUCAAGAAGCAUGAGGCGUUCCUGCCCUUCUCCUUAGGUAAGCGCGUCUGCCUCGGCGAGGGCUUGGCGCGAGCGGAGCUCUUCCUUUUCUUCGCUGCCAUCCUACAGGCCUUCUCUCUGGAGAGCCCAGGCCCCCUGAGCACCCUGAGCCUCCAGCCAGCUGUCAGUGGCCUCUUCAACAUCCCACCCGCCUUCCAGCUGCAGGUCCACCCUGCUGAAGAAGGAGGGAGCUUGGGGCAGAGGUAG